AUGUCGAUAUUUCCUUCCCAACAACAACGACAACUCUUGACCGACCUCAUCAACUGUACUCACAACAAAAACAUCCUCAAAGGUCGUACACUCCACGCACGCAUCCUCAAAAACGGUUCCCUCUCUUCCAUUUACAUAGCCAACACUCUCCUCAUUCUCUACGCCAAAUCCAAUCACUUAUCAAAGGCUUCCACUCUCUUCAAUUCCAUCGACGACAAUCACAAAGACGCCGGUUCAUGGAACUCCCUCAUCAACGCUUUCUCCCAAGACCAUUCCCCUUCAUCUUACUCCUUCGCUAUAAACCUCUUUCGUCGUAUGAUGCGAACCAACAACAACGUCACCCCUAAUGCACACACUCUCGCCGGAGUUUUCUCCGCUGCUUCUAAUCUAUAUGAUGUAGCUGCUGGCAGACAAGCUCAUUCUGUUGCUGUGAAAACAGCUUGCUUGGACGAUGUUUAUGUUGGGAGUUCUUUGCUUAAUAUGUAUUGUAAGACGGGUUUUGUUUUUGAUGCUCGGAAACUGUUUGAUAGAAUGCCUGAAAGAAAUACUGUUUCUUUGGCUACUAUGAUAUCUGGGUAUGCUUCUGUUGGUCUUGCUGAUAAGGCGGUUGAGGUGUUUGAACUUAUGAGACGUGAGGAAGAGGUUGAGAAUGAGUUUGCUGUUACUAGUGUUCUUAGGGCGUUGACGAGUUGUGGGUUUGUGGGGACUGGUAGGCAGGUUCAUUCGCUUGCGGUUAAAACCGGGUUGAUUGUCUCGGUUGCAAAUACUCUUGUGACGAUGUAUGCUAAGUGUGGUAGGCUUGAUGAUGCGGUUAGGACUUUUGAAUUUUCGGGGGAUAAGAAUUCUAUUACCUGGUCGGCUAUGGUUACUGGUUAUGUGCGUAGUGGGGAUUGUGAUAAAGCUUUGAUACUUUUUAAUAGAAUGCAUUCUUCGGGAGUGUCGCCUUCUGAGUUUACUUUAGUUGGGGUGGUUAAUGCUUGUAGUGACCUUUGUGCUGUUGUGGAAGGGAAACAGAUGCAUGGUUUUGCCUUCAAGCUGGGAUUUGGAUUGCAGUUGUAUGUUUUGUCUGCUUUGGUGGAUAUGUAUGCAAAAUGUGGUAACUUAACGGAUGCUUGUAAGGGUUUUGAGUGUAUACAGCAACCUGAUGUUGUUCUUUGGACUUCUAUCAUAACGGGGUAUGUGCAAAAUGGGGAUUACGAAGGGGGUCUCAAUCUGUAUGGGAAAAUGCAGAUGGAGAGAGUUAUCCCUAAUGAAGUAACGAUGGCAUGUGUCCUAAGAGCUUGUUCCAGCCUAGCUGCUUUAGACCAGGGAAAGCAAAUGCAUGCCCGGAUUAUUAAAUAUGGUCUCACGUUGGAAGUUCCGAUUGGGAGUUCUUUGCUUAAUAUGUAUUGUAAAACGGGUUUUGUUUUUGAUGCUCGGAAACUGUUUGAUAGAAUGCCUGAAAGAAAUACUGUUUCUUGGGCUACUAUCAUAUCUGGGUAUGCUUCUGUUGGUCUUGCUGAUAAGGCGGUUGAGGUGUUUGAACUUAUGAGACGUGAGGAAGAGGUUGAGAAUGAGUUUGCUGUUACUAGUGUUCUUAGCGCGAUGACGAGUUGUGAGUUUGUGGGGACUGGUAGGCAGGUUCAUUCGCUUGCGGUUAAAAACGGGUUGAUUUGUAUUGUCUCGGUUGCGAAUGCUCUUGUGACGAUGUAUGCUAAGUGUGAUAGGCUUGAUGAUGCAGUUAGGACUUUUGAAUUUUCGGGGGAUAAGAAUUCUAUUACCUGGUCGGCUAUGGUUACUGGUUAUGUGCAUAGUGGGGAUUGUGAUAAAGCUUUGAUACUUUUUAAUAGAAUGCAUUCUUCGGGAGUGUUGCCUUCUGAGUUUACUUUAGUUGGGGUGGUUAAUGCUUGUAGUGACCUUUGUGCUGUUGUGGAAGGGAAACAGAUGCAUGGUUUUGCCUUCAAGCUGGGAUUUGGAUUGCAGUUGUAUGUUUUGUCUGCUUUGGUGGAUAUGUAUGCAAAAUGUGGUAACUUAACGGAUGCUUGUAAGGGUUUUGAGUGUAUACAGCAACCUGAUGUUGUUCUUUGGACUUCUAUCAUAACGGGGUAUGUGCAAAAUGGGGAUUAUGAAGGGGGUCUCAAUCUGUAUGGGAAAAUGCAGAUGGAGAGAGUUAUCCCUAAUGAAGUAACGAUGGCAUGUGUCCUAAGAGCUUGUUCCAGCCUAGCUGCUUUAGACCAGGGAAAGCAAAUGCAUGCCCGGAUUAUUAAAUAUGGUUUCACGUUGGAAGUUCCGAUUGGAAGUGCUCUUUCUGCUAUGUAUUCAAAGUGUGGAAGCCUAGAUGAUGGGUACCUUAUUUUUUGGAGGAUGCCUGCCAGAGAUGUAACUUCGUGGAAUGCAAUGAUAUCUGGACUUUCUCAAAACGGUCAUGGUAACAAAGCCUUGGAGCUGUUUCAGAAGAUGUUGUUGGAGGGAAUAGAGCCUGAUACAGUCACGUUUGUAAAUCUUCUAUCUGCUUGUAGUCAUAUGGGACUGGUGGACAAAGGCUGGUAUUAUUUCAUGCUGAUGUUUGAUGAGUUUAACAUUGCUCCAACGGUAGAGCAUUACGCUUGCAUGGUUGACAUCUUGAGCCGUGCUGGUAUGCUCAAUGAAGCUAAAGAGUUCAUUGAAUCUGCAACGGUUGAUCACGGUUUGUGUUUGUGGCGCAUAUUAUUAGGAGCUUGUAAGAACCAUCGUAACUACGAAAUUGGUACUUAUGCUGGAGAGAAACUAAUGGAGCUAGGGUCACCGGAGUCAUCUGCUUAUGUAUUGUUAUCAAGUAUAUAUACAGCCUUAGGAGAGUGGGAAAAUGUGGAACGUGUCCGGAGAAUGAUGAAAGCCAGAGGGGUGAAUAAAGAGCUUGGUUGUAGCUGGAUUGAGUUAAAGAGUUUGGUUCAUGUGUUUGUUGUUGGAGACAAUAUGCACCCGCAUAUUGAUGAAAUACGGUCAGAAUUAAGGUUGUUAACCAAAUUGAUGUAA